AUUUUCAACUCUGGGGGUCAUUUAAUUGAUUCCACAAUUUAUGGCACUUGGAUUAACUCGGAAAAAUCAACAUUCUUUCUUGGAAAGGCGUUAGUCACAUGGCGUGAAAGCUUCACUCAGUGUGCACAAUUUGGUUUGAGUCCUCUUUCGCUGGAAUCGAUUGAUGAUUUUGACACUUUAAAUAAUUCGAUGAAAAGUUGGAGGUCAUACCUGAGAUUUUGGACUUUGGGCACAAGGAGCGACUUCUCUAGUUUAAGUCCUCUUUGGUGCAAUACCAGGGCUGCAGUACCUAGUUGGCCGACGGAAAUUAUCAACCUUAGCAACAAAACGCUCAACGGAUUAUUUGAUUGCAUCGUUUUUAGAGCUAAUAAAAGCAUGUCCAAUAUUACAGUGCAAUAUUUCCCGCUGCUUGCACUUGCAAACUGCAGCCAAAAGUAUGGGCUGGCGUGCAAAGGGCCGCUCACUCCCAAGCCUUCUAUUCGAGAAAGAUGUCCUUUGCAGCUAUUAAAAAAUGCGUCACUCUAUGAAAACAACACUGGGACUCUGAAAUAUGCUGGUAAUUACGGUAGAUGGGUGCAGAAGUGCGACAAAUUUUAUGUUUUCAGCUUUGUAACAAAAAACUUCACGCAAUCUCUCUCAUGGGAUGCAGCGAAAGCCUCAUGUGAAAACAUUGGAUACAAACUGUUUACAAUUGACACUAUAUUAGAUCCAAAGAUGACCUGCGUCAAGGACUUUUUCAAAGACAAUCCACUGUCUUAUAAUAGGAAUCACUGGAUAUCUGGAAUGUUCUUGGACUCUCCAGAAAAAAUGAAAUACAUGUGGUGCUCGAAUUAUGAAACGGUGAAUUUGAAUUCAAGCUACUGGGGCGUUGGGAAUCCACCGACCGCAAAAGAGGACACAUGUCUCAGCAUUGUUUUUCUCCCAAAUAGAGACCCGUAUGUCGAGGCAAUACCGUGCAAAUCAAAUUUGUCCUACAUCUGCGAAGUGAGCCUAAAUGGCAUUUUCAUGGACGACGCCUUUUACAGACUCAUUGAAAGCGUUUUGGACGCGGACGAUGAUACUACGGGGAGCUACGACAGUUUCAAAACUUGCCAGGAUGGCGUGGCAGCACAAAAGGGUUGCGAGGCAUUAGCAAAGCAAAAAUCCAGUUUCCUGCCUGCAAUCUAA